CAUCUCUAUUCUCCUUCUUCCAGUACGGUUUGGCGAAAGGGGUUCAUCGGGAGUUGCUGUAGAAGCAGGGAGGCAGAUCAUUGUGGUAUACAUGAACAUAGGGUGUUAUUAACUUGUAGGAAUCCCGGUUGGAGUUGUACUUGGUAAAGCUAUCCAUUUGCAAGUCAAGAAGCUUUCUACUGAGGAAGAUGGAAGAAUCUACAAAAAAACUGCUGCUGAGAAAGGAAGAAUCUGCAGAAGAAGUCGAUGAGUUGCCUCUGAUAAAGAGGACAUGGAAGGAGAGUAAAAUGCUGUGGGUCGUAGCAGCUCCGGCCAUAUUCACUCGAUUCUCCACCUUUGGCAUCCACGUCACGGGACAAGCUUUUGUCGGUCAUAUUGGCUCCAAGGAGCUCGCUGCCUAUGCUAUUGUCUUCACUGUACUUAUGAGGUUCGCUAAUGGUAUUCUGCUGGGAAUGUCCAGUGCUUUAUCGACUCUCUGUGGACAAGCAUAUGGUGCAAAGAGAUAUUUCAUGAUGGGAGUGUAUCUCCAAAGAUCCUGGAUAGUGCUCAACUUCACGUGUCUUCUUCUUCUUCCCCUGUUCUUCUUCACUAGCCCAAUUUUGAAGGUGUUGGGUCAAGAAGAAAGCAUUGCUGACGUGGCAGGAACCGUUUCUCUCUGGUCGAUACCUGUGAUUUUCGCCUACGCUAUGUCAUUCACGUGCCAGACAUUCCUGCAAUCUCAGAGCAAGAACAUCCUCAUAUCAUUCUUGGCUGCUUUCUCCAUCUCCAUUCAUAUAUUCCUGUCGUGGCUUUUGACCAUCAGGUACAAGCUGGGCCUUCCUGGAGCAAUGAUUUCGACCAUAGUGGCUUAUUGGAUUCCAAACAUCGGCCAGUUUAUAUUUGUCACAUGUGGUUGGUGUCGAGAAACAUGGCAUGGUUUCUCGUUUCUGGCGUUUAAGGAUCUGUGGCCUAUCGUCAAGCUUUCUGUUUCAUCCGGUGCUAUGUUGUGUCUAGAGCUCUGGUACAACACGAUAUUGGUUCUCUUAACUGGUAGCCUGAAGAAUGCAGAGAUUGAAGUUGAUGCUCUUUCUAUAUGCCUCAACAUCAUUGGAUGGGCAAUGAUGAUAUCCUUCGGUUUCUUGGCUGCGGCUAGUGUAAGAGUGGCAAAUGAGCUUGGGAGAGGGAACGCCAAGGCUGCCAAGUUCUCAAUAGCAGUGACGGUGCUGACGUCAUCCACUGUGGGGCUCCUUCUGUUCUUAUUCUUCUUGUUCUACAGGGAGAGGCUUGCUUACAUAUUCACUGCAAACGAACAAGUAGCUGCUGCUGUUGGAGAUUUGUCGCCUUUACUUGCAUUCUCUAUAUUAUUAAACAGUGUCCAACCCGUUCUCUCAGGAGUGGCUGUAGGAGCAGGGUGGCAAAGCCUUGUGGCAUAUGUGAACUUGGGGUGCUAUUACCUCAUUGGAAUCCCAGUUGGAGUUAUACUCAGCAGGUUUCUCCAAUUGCAAGUCAAGGGAAUCUGGAUUGGGAUGAUAUUUGGAACAUUGGUUCAGACAAUUAUUCUAAUUAUUCUUACCUGCAAGACUGAUUGGGAUGAGCAGGUCAUGUUGACCCGAAGUCGUGUUAACAAGUUCUCAGUGCAUGAUCAAGAAACAGGCACAAAUUAAUCCACGUGAUGCGUAAUUAUUUGAUGAGGGGAUAAUGUUCAUCAGUUUGUUUAAUGUGAGUGUGCAUCCCUAUGAAUCUGAAAG